UUUGACGUUGACCCAUUCUACUGGAACCUGCGCGUAAGACAGUGACAGGCGGACAAAAACAGAACUUUACUCGUGUUCAACAUUUUUUAAAGACUUUUUUCUUUAGCUUUCUCUCACAGGAACAUUGCUUUCUGAUCAAGCUCGCAUCAUUAUAUUUUCGGUGUUCAAGCUGUUGUCAGCGUGUUGGUUUGGACGGAGGUCGACGGAGCUUUAGCUAAAAUCAGUCUACCGACCCGAUGCUUUCCCCGGGCAGGACCAUCUCCUCCCGGCUGCUGAGGCCGGCCUCGUGGCUUCCUUUUCGUCUGUGUCCUGAGCGGACAGCCGUUAACUCCAUGCAAAAAGAGCUGAUCAAGAAACAUGAACUGGAGAAAGAUGAGCUGCGGCCCCUCUACAUGGACUUCCAGGCUACUACUCCUAUGGAUCCUCGAGUGCUGGAUGCCAUGUUGCCAUACCAGGUGAAUUACUAUGGAAACCCUCACUCCAGGACUCAUGCCUAUGGUUGGGAGAGCGAGACUGCCAUGGAGACUGCCAGGAAGCAGGUGGCCGAUCUUAUUGGAGCCGAUCCCAGAGAAAUCAUCUUCACCAGUGGAGCCACAGAGUCCAACAACAUGGCUAUCAAGGGCGUGGCCAGGUUCUACCAGGCCAAGAAACGGCAUGUGAUCACAACACAGACUGAACAUAAAUGUGUUCUGGACUCGUGUCGGAUCCUGGAGGCCGAAGGAUUUGAGGUCACCUAUCUGCCUGUCCAGACUAACGGACUUCUGGACCUGCAGUUACUGGAGUCCUCCAUCCGUCCGGAAACCUCACUGGUGUCCGUGAUGACCGUCAACAAUGAAAUUGGAGUCAAGCAGCCCAUCGAGGAAAUCGGUCACAUUUGCCGAUCCAAGGGAGUCUUCUUGCACACUGAUGCUGCUCAGGCUGUUGGAAAGAUUCCUAUCAGCGUCUCUGACUGGAAGGUCGAUCUGAUGUCCAUUAGUGGUCACAAGAUCUACGGACCCAAAGGCGUGGGCGCUUUGUAUGUGCGACGCCGACCUCGAGUUCGUUUGGAGCCGCUGCAGAGUGGGGGCGGCCAGGAGAGAGGUCUUCGCUCUGGGACGGUACCCACUCCGCUGGCCGUCGGGCUGGGAGCCGCCUGCAGCAUAUCUCAGAAGGAGAUGGAGUAUGAUCAUCAAAGAGUGUCCAUGCUGGCUAACCGUCUGGUCCAGAAGAUCAUGUCUGAGAUUCCUGACGUUGUCAUGAACGGAGACCCAGAACAGCGCUACCCUGGAUGCAUUAAUCUUUCAUUUGCCUAUGUGGAAGGAGAAAGUCUGUUGAUGGCGCUGAAGGAUGUUGCUUUGUCAUCUGGAAGUGCAUGUACAUCAGCUUCUCUGGAGCCGUCGUACGUUCUCAGAGCCAUUGGAGCAGAUGAAGACCUGGCUCACUCUUCCAUCAGGUUUGGUAUUGGCAGGUUCACCACAGAACAAGAAGUCGAUUACACAGCAGAGAAAUGCAUCCAGCACGUCCGCAGACUCAGAGAGAUGAGUCCUCUCUGGGAGAUGGUUCAGGAAGGCAUUGACCUGAAGAGCAUCAAGUGGACGCAGCACUAGACCCCACCAACUGCUUGCCGAUAACGAUUACGGUUCCUAAGAAAUUCUUGGGAUGGUCCAGCUAUUUUUUUUCCUCUGAGCAAACACGCACAAACUUCCUGUCCGACUUGAAGUCUGUUUGUAACUGUAGCUCUUUGUUUUUGUACAAGUUCCUCAAGUUGGUCUCUUAGGAGAGAUGAAGCAACAACACUGCUGUCUCUGAUAGUUGUAUUCUACAAGGAGGCGUCCACAAAAUCUGCAACUUCAUAUGAUCUCAGAUGCAGCUUGAAAGCUGAGUCAGCUGAAUCCUGCGAAUCAUGACAAGGGAUAGAACAGUAGAGUACAAUGGACAGAAUAUAUAGUUUGUUCCAUUUUUGUGUAAGAUGCAAGGAGAGGAAACAUCUAUUACAUCAUUUAAAAUAAAUAGAAGCAAAAGGAAAAACUGGCGUGUUAUGCCAGCUGUUCUUAUUUAUAUUAAUGUACUACAGUGAACAUGCAUCUACUACCGUUUUAUAUACAAUAUAUAGAUGCAGUCAUGCUGCUUCAGUUUGUAUCAGUUUGAAUUACAUGGAUUUACGAUCGUCCUGAUGUCAAAGCCUGGUUAAAAGCUUUUUAGGGUAAAACUCAGCUUACAAAUCCAACUUUGGUCUUGUUAAAAUGUGAAAUGUUAUAAAAAAGGAAUAGUGUUGGUGUAAUAUUAAGAAACAAAACAAAAAAAACAUCUGCCUUCAACUAUGAGCAGUUUCACUGACCCUGUGGAUAAAACACGUGCCCACCGCAUGACGCUGCCUCCUGUCGAGGUGAUGCGUUAACAAGGCUGCCCUUGAUCAAAUCGAAAAGUGAUGAUAUUUUGGAUGAUGAAAAGAAAUGGGUUUUUGUAAAUGUUGAUUUCAAUUUGUUACAUAUGAAAGCAGGAAUUUGUAUGGGAGUGUUUGCAUUCUUUAACUGAUUUUUUUUGUUUUUGAUAAAGUAAGUGUUACAUGAAAAUGGCAUAUGGAUAGGAAACAGUCCACUCCCUGGACAAAAAACAUACAGCGUGAAUCUAAACACAAGUGUCAGUUUGUCUCAUCUCUUUUUUUAUGAUCCAUCUGAAGGAUUAUUCAGUUUUCCCAUCAAAUAAGCAGGUUGAACCUUCAUCAUUGGUUGUCAUUGAAAUUAUCCACUUCAGUAGUUAGUGUGGAACAUUCUUAAGACUAAUUCUUAAUAAAUCAACAAUUGUGAUGAAAUAACUUCCAAACAGAAAUUUGAUAAACAUCCAUAUGAGAUGAUUAAAGAAAUCCAGAAAAUUGUUUUCCAAAUCCACACUAGGAAAGCAAAUGUAAACGUCUCUUUAAGAGAUGUAUUUUAUUCCUAGGCUCCUCCAGCUGUUGUAUUUCAUUACGCCACAGUUUCUGCUGUUACACAGUGCUCAUUAGUACCCAAUAAAAUCAAUGCUUUAUGCAAUCAAGA